AUGUCUUUUUCAGUUCCGUCAAGUGCUAACACAUACACACGACAAGAGUUAUUUGGGAACGACUCCGACGAUGAAGAACUUAUCACUAUAAUGGGUGAUUUUAUCGUUUUGCUCGAAAAUGGGGACUCUUCAACCCCUCUUACUCGUGUUUAUAUCCCAAGAGAUCGACUUGGUGCAGGGAAUCAGUUGAUAAAUGAUUACUUUGUCGAAAACUCAAAGUACCCGCCACACUUCUUUAGGCAGCGUUUUCGCAUGCGAAAAGAGCUAUUCAUGCGUAUAGCUAACGAUAUCGCUUCUUUCUCCCCAGUUGGUGAUGAGCAUGUGCCUCCUCAUUUUGUUGAGUUUCGAAACCAGCGUGUAGAUGCACGGGGUAACCUCGGUUUUUUUACAAUACAUCUGCGAUACGUCACACUUGAUGAGUAUCUACAAAUGGGUGAACAAACUUCCAGAGACGCGCUUGAUGCUUUUUGUAAGUGUGUGUUUGACCUUUACAGGGAAGAGUACUUACGAAGAUCAACAACAGAUGAUAUACAACGUAUCUACCAGGGAUGCUUGGGAGCAUCGACUGUAUGCAUUGGCCCUGGAAAAGGUGUCCAAAAGCAUGGCAAGGUUCGAACAAAUGACAUAAACGUACUCAAUCAAUCACAUUUGUUUAGGGAAAUCGUUGAGGAUACGGCUCCGGAUACUUCAUUUAUAGUUAACGGAACCGAGUAUAGAAGGGGUAUUAUCUAG